ACCGUGCCCGUGAUAGUAGGGGAUGGUGCGCACAAGGCCAGGUUGAAGAUGGAGUUCAUGGUUGUGAGCAUCAGCUGCGCGCACAACAUGAUCCUAGGACGGCCCGGCCUUGAGGACUUGGAAUGUGUGAUCUCCCCAUACUACUUGUGCAUGAAGUUCCCCACUCCUUCGGGAAUCGGGGUGGCGAGGGGAGACCAAAGGUUAGCUCGGUCAUGCUAUGUCCCAAUCACAAAGAAGUUGCCAAGGGAUGAGACAUUGGUCGUGCACGCACUAGAAGAAAUGCGGAAGCUGGAAGCACGGCCGAAGGCCGAGCCCGCUGAGGAGGUCGAGGAAGUGCCGCUCGACCCUCGAGCACCCGAGCGGAAGGUGAAGGUCGAGGUGAGCCUAACCGGGAGCCAGCGGAGGCGCUUAGUGGACGUGCUCUUCGCCUACCGCGUGAUCUUUGCAUGGGGACCCGGGGAUAUGCCGGGGGUAGACCCCAAGGUCAUAUGUCACUGCUUGGCAGUUAACUUGGAGGCUAGGCCGGUGAAGCAGAAGAAGCGGUUCCUCUCAUCCGAGCGGAGGGAGUUUGUUUCCAAGGAGGUGGCCACCCUCCAGAGCAUUGGGCAUAUCAGAGAGCGUCUAACACCCUACUUCCAAGCUCACCCGGUUCAAGUGCUCUCCCAACAGCCCAUUGGCGCGCUGCUUAGGAGCCCGAACGCGGCCUCGCGCAUGUCCAAGUGGGCGGUGUUCCUUGGAGCUUUCCAGAUCGAAUCCAAGCCAAGGCCAGCGAUCAAGGGCCAAGCGCUAGCUGAUUUCGUGGUGGAGUGCACCGCUCGGGAGGAGCCGAGCCCGGAAGAGCCGGAAGCCGAGGACUGGUGGAAAGUUUUUACCGACGGCUCCUCCGCCGCCAAAAACUCGGGGGGUGGAGUGGUAGUCAUCGCUCCUGAAGGCUUCAGAGCAUACUACUCAAUUCGAUUCGGUUUCAAGGCAUCAAACAAUGAAGCGGAAUAUGAAGCGCUCCUGUGCGGACUACGCCUAGCAGCCGGGAUGAACGUAACAAAGCUAAGGAUAAAGUGUGAUUCAAAGCUGGUGGUUGACCACGUCU